AUGAAGAAACAUAAGUUACUUUUGUGUAACGAUUCAGUCGACCCUGACCCUGAGCUGUUAGUAUGGGAAAAAUGGAUAAAAAUUAGAAAAGAAGAAACUGAUCAUCUAGCUUAUAAAACAGGAAGAACCACAGGUGAAUUAGCAAUGAACUUAUGUGAAAAAGUACGUGAAAAGAAGGAAGAAAAAGUGGUGUUAGAACAUGCUCAAGUUUCAAAAAAGGUUGGAGUAAGAGGAACUUUAUGGGUUCAACCAGAAAGAUUAAAGCAAAAAUGCUAUUGCCAGCCUGUGUACGAAGUACAAAGGACGGCUGUAGAAAUGGGACGACCAAAAAUAAUUCAACAUGUUGGAGUACCAAAACACAUACAGGAAACAGAGAAAGGCAUAGCAGGUUCUCAAAGAAAAACAUUUAAAAAGUUAGAUUUGGAAUAUGUGAACUACAAAAAGAAAAGAGAAAAAGAUCUUGAAGAGUCUAUCAAGAAAAUCGAUCCACAUAGGUCAACUUUAAAUGAAUUAAUCGUCAUAGGUAAAAAACCUAAACCCCCUCUAGUAAAACUUUCACCAGCACCAAGCAUAACAUUUAAAUCAAAUGAAGAAAACACUGAAGAAGCCCUAUGUGCGGUAUAUGCAGUCAAAAUCAAUGAUACGAUACUUUUUAAACACAGUCUUCAUCAAACUGUUGACCAUUUAGAAAAUAUGAAAGCUGAUUGUGGAAAAGACAAUUGUACCUCUUGGUCUUACUAUUUCAAUUGUCCUGUUAGUCGAGUUGGAAGAAGUGAACUCCGUCUGCAAAAUCUUGGUACUGUGACACUUAGAUAUUGUUGGAAAAAGAUUACACGAGUAAAUGCAGAUGAAUCAUCAACUCAGGUUUUCUUUUUUAAUAAAAACGAAAAUGUGAUUUGUCCUGGACAAUCCCAAAAUGUAUAUUUUACAUUUUUGUCUACUACACCUGGAACCUACGAAGAGAACUGGCAAUUGGUAUUUGCAAAUAUUUGCUUUUUCGAUUCGCUUGAAAAUAAACUUACGGUAAACUUAUAUGCAGACUCUGUAGAAAACUUGGCCAAAAUAAAAAAGAAGUCUCAAAAAUUGGAAAACCUUAUAUAUGCUAAUGUGCUUACAAAUAUCGCAAGGGACUUGCUAUCGGAAAUUGUAAUAAAGGCAACAAGUGUUGAACCUCAAAUUUAUCCCUAUGAGAAAAUGUUUCUGGAAGCUGAUAUAUUUGUCAUGAAAAAUCCUGUAUGUUUCUACCACCAGAGCGAAGUAAUGAAAUUAAAGGAUAUGUAUACAGAAAUGGUUCCGAAAGAGCUUUGGGAGUUAUCCUUCAGUACUUGGCGCACCGCAAUGAUGAGUAAAUCAUUUGACGAGAGAAUGAAAUAUUACGACUGUUUGAAACAUUCACACAGAGAAUGUUUGAAACCGUGGUAUGAAGAAAACGACGUUGCGAAUGAUAAGCUUAAAGCCGUUAAUCAAAUUCUUGGACAAUUAGCUGAUAAAUAUGACAAAGAAUAUCAGAUUAUUGAAAUGUAUAAUGACAUACGUCGUGAAUCAAGAGGAAGUACUAGUUCUCAGCGAGAAAAGUUAUUUCAAUGUUCCAAUAUCUCUGUGGCACGAAACAUAUUUUACUUACGCGUAUAUGAGCAUCUCGGUACUGCUCUAGAGUUAUGUGCUGGUGUGCUAAGCAGUUUAGAUUUGGACCGAUGGAUUCAAUUUGAUUUCUGCAGAACAUAA